AUGUAUCUUCUUCUUUUUCUUCUUCUUCUUCUUCUUCUUCUUCUUCUUCUUCUUCUUCUGUCUGUCUGUCUGUCUGUCUGUCUGUCUGCCUGUCUGUCUGAAUAUAAGUUUUCCGUUUUCUUCCGACUUCUCCUUAUUUUUCCUUUUUCUUUCAAGAAAACUUUCUCGUCUGCCUUUUCCCAAUCUUUCUCUGUCCAUUACUUUAUCUUUUCGCCAUUUUCUCGUUGGGAAGUCUUUCUUUAUUUUAUGCCUUUUUCUCCUUCGUCAUUAAAAUGUCAUUUCUUUUACCUUUCCCUCUUUCUUUCUUUCUUUCUUUCUUUCUUUCUUCAUCAUUACCUUAUCCUUUUCCUCUAUUUUCUCCCAGUAUCUAUCUAUCUAUCUAUCUAUCUAUCUAUCUAUUUUUUCUCGCUUGUCUUUUAUCAAUCCCUUUCUUUCUUUCUUUCAUUCAUUCUUUCUUUCUUUCUUUCUUUCUUUCUUUCUUUCUUUCUUUUCCUUUGUUCUACAUCAUUUCCUUUUUAUCCAUAUUAUCCUAGUAUCUAUCUAUCUAUCUAUCUAUCUAUCUAUCUAUCUAUCUAUCUAUCGAAGUCUGUUCCUAUCUAUCUAUCUCUGUCCCAGUCUGCUUCUAUCUAUCUAUCUAUCUAUCUAUCUAUCUAUCUAUCUAUCUAUCUAUCUAUCUAUCUAUCUAUCUCAGUCCGCUCAUGUCUAUUUCAGCCGCCCUCUCUCUCUUACUAUCUAUCAGUCUGUUUAUCUCUCGCUCUCUCACAGUCUGCUUCUAUCUAUCUAUCUAUCUAUCUAUCUAUCUAUCUCAGUCCGUUCAUGUCUAUUUCAGCCGCCCUCUCUCUCUUACUAUCUAUCAGUCUGUUUAUCUCUCGCUCUCUCACAGUCUGCUUCUAUCUAUCUAUCUAUCUAUCUAUCUAUCUAUCUAUCUAUCUAUCUAUAUUCGCUUUUCUUUUAUCAGUUUCUUUCUUUCUUUCUUUCUUUAUUUAUUUCUUUCUGUUUUCUUUCUUUCAUCCUUUCUUUCUUUCUUUUUUUAACCAUUGA